AUGGAGUCUUUCACACCCAAGACCCCGGCCCCCGUCCUGGCCUUCUCCGCGGCGGCGGCCUACUCAGCCGGGGUUGCCCUGGGAUUCAUCUUGCUGUACUGGAUCCUCUGGCGCGGAUACAUCUUCCCCAUGUACUUCUCCGAGCUCCGCCACGUGCCGACCGUGCCGGGCUUCCCGCUCUGGGGCCAGUUCGUGCCCGUCAUCACCGAGGAGUGCGGACUGCCGCAACGCCGGUGGCACCGCAAGUAUGGCCCCAUCAUCCGGUACUUCUUCCCUCUCGGCUGCGAGCGUCUGUCGAUCGCCGACGACAUGGCCAUCCGCCACAUUACAGUCAAGAACCACCAAAACUUCCCCAAGCCCGUUCGCGCCAAGCUGUGGAUGGUGCGCAUCCUGGGCGAGGGCGUCCUGCUGGCCGAGAACGACGAGCACACAACCCAGCGCAAGACCCUCAACCCGGGCUUCUCGACCAGCGCCAUCCGCACCUUCAACCCCAUCUUCUGGGACAAGGCCAUCCACAUGACCAACCUGCAGCACCAGCAGAUGGAGGCCACAAACGGCAAACACGGAUUCAUCUCGCUCGAGAUCCUCGAGUGGUUCAACCGCUGCACCCUCGACAUCAUCGGCGUGGCCGGCUUCGGCUACCAAAUCGACUCCCUCCAGGACGCAGCCCUGCCCAUCCGCCACGCCUACCAACUCGUCUUCAACUUCGACCUCGGCUCCCGCGUCCUGCACGGCCUCCAAGCCUUCUUCCCCAAAUCCAAGCACCUCCCGGUCCAAAUGAACCGCGACAUGGAAGAAGCCCGCAGCAUCAUCAUGAACGAAGCGACCACCAUCAUCAACGAGAAACUCGCCGAAGCCGAAAGCACCCCCAACGCCAAGGACGUGCUGGCCCUCAUCGCCCAGGAGAACCUCAAGCUCAAAGACAAAGGCGAAAGCGGUCUCACCUUCGAAACCAUGCGCGACCAGAUCAUGACCUUCCUUGGCGCCGGCCACGACACCACCGCCACGGGCGCCGCCUGGGCCAUACACCUGCUCUCCAUCUACCCGGACAUUCAGGACCGGCUGCGCGAAGACGUCCGCGCCCACAUGCCCUGCCUCUUCGACGAGAACUUUGUCUACGACCCGGAGACGACUGUGAUGCCGGAUCCGGACCAGAUUCCGUAUCUCGAUAACUUCUGCCGUGAGGUGUUGCGGUAUAUCCCGCCUAUCCCCAUGACGGUGCGGGAGUCUGUCGCCGAUGACAUCAUCGAGGGGUACAAGGUCCCCAAGGGCACGGUCGUCUACAUGCUGGCUAACGCCAUCAACCGGAUGGAGUGGUUCUGGGGCGAGAACGCGGAUACCUUUGACCCCGACCGGUGGGACCACUUACCGGACACGGCUGUGCCGAACGCGUUUAUGACCUUUUUGCAGGGGCCCCGGGGUUGUUUGGGACGCAAGUUUGCGGAGGUCGAGAUGAAGGUGAUUUUGUGUGUGAUGUUGAGCCGGUGGGUGUUUCGCAGGGAUCUUGAUACGCCGCAUCCGGAGGAUUGGAAGAUGUGGCGGUUGGUGUUGAGGCCGAAGGAGGGGAUUAGCAUCAUUGCGGUGCCGUUGCUAUUCUCUACCAAGGAGAACAAGUCCCUAACUACCUGA